UACUCUAUGAUCCCUCUUUGAUUUUCACAUUGUGAAGUCUUUUGACCAUUUCACUUUUCAAAGUAUUCAUCAUCAAUGGCAUCUACCAAAGUUAAUAUUCCCACCAUAGAUUUUUGCGAUCCAGAACUAAAACCAAACACUCCACAAUGGGAAAAUACAAAAAUUCAAGUGCUUGAAGCCUUACAAGAGCAUGGUUACUUUGAAGCAAUAUUUGAUAAAGUUCCAAAUGAAAUUAGAGAGGUCAUUUUUGACAGUUCAAAAGAAGCAUUUGAAUUUCCAUUGGUGUCCAAAUUGAGUGAAUAUAGAGAAAAACCUUAUCAUAUUUAUGAGGGACAAAUUCCACGUUUACCACUCUUUGAUCUUGUGAAAUCUGUUGAUUUGCUCCUCCCAGAUAGUGUUGAAACUUUUGUCAAUACCUUUUGGCCUGAUGGAAAUCCUAACUAUUGCAAUGUGGUAAAGUCCUACUGCAAGGCUCUUAUGGAAUUGGAUGAAAUGGUGAAAAGGAUGGUUUUAGAGAGUCUUGGGCUAAAAAAUUACAUUGAUGAAUUCUUGGAUCCCAAUUUUUUCAUGUUGAGAUUUACAAAUUAUAAGGAUCAAGGUGAACAUGAGCAUAAACAAGGAUUAGGUAGCCACACAGAUGGUGGUUACUUAACCAUAAUUAAACAAAAUCAAAUUGGAUUGCAAGUUCUCAACAAAGAUGGAGAGUGGAUUUGUGUCAAUACUUCACCAAAUUCCUAUCUUGUUUUAUCAGCAGACUCCUUCAUGGCGUGGACAAAUGGCAAAUUGCGCUCUCCUCCCCAUAAGGUACAUUCGGAAGGAGACACUGAUAGAUUCUCCAUUCAAUUAUUUUCAUCACCAAAUCCAGAUUAUAAGGUGGAAGUACCAAAAGAAUUAGUGGAUGAAGAACACCCUUUACUUUUCAAGCCUUUUAAAAUACAUGAAUAUUAUCAAUAUAUUCAGUCAGGUUUUAAAAAUGGAGUUGGUCUCAAGAAUUAUUGUGGUCUUUAAAAAUUUAGUAGCUAUGAGGAUUUAUUUCCGGUUGUUCAGA